AUGUUUACCCGAUUACUACAUAGAGAGCUUGGAAACAAGCGACUACUAACGCGAUCCUAUGCUGACAUAAUCAACGAAAUCCGAAAGAAAUCAACUGAGACAAGGCCGAAAGUGAAUCGAUUUGCACAACAAUAUUCGCAACCAAAGACCGAUCAAAAAGGCGGUCAUCAAGGAGUUCGAAGUAGAAAUCAUGGCACUAAGGGAGCUGGGGAUCCAGCAGUGGGUAACUCCGGUCCUAAAAAGCUGCAUCACAAAGUACAGCGAACAUCGUCUCAUGGGAAGGUGCAACCACGUGGUGUUGGCAAAAACCACACGUCAAACUCAAACAAGAUGAGAGACUUUGACAAGCAAAUUGCUUCUUCUGCUCCGCAUCUAUCCAAGGAAGAAAUUGAAAAGCAAAAGAUGCUUAAAUAUGAAGAGCUCCGUAAAGAUCUAGCCAGACAAGAACAGCAGGAGAAGCACCAACGUGAUGACAUGGUGCGUAUUCAGCCAUUGAGGAAGCGCAAAGUGAGGAAAAUCAAAGAACAAAGAAAACCAUUGGUUAAAAUUCAGCUUCCACCAUUCAUAAGUGUAUCAAAUUUGGCAACAAUCAUGCAAGUGCCAUUAAACGACGUGUUUAAAAAAUUGGAAGGUUUAGGGUUUGAAGAUAUUCGACAUUCGUACAUCUUGGACAAGGAGAAUGCCGCCAUGAUUGCCGAUGAAUACGAUAUAGAAGUGGAAACUGUAGCUGAAUCGGACGACGAUUUAUUUUCUGAGCCAGUGAAGGAGGAAUUGUUAAAAGAGAGACCCCCAGUAGUCACUAUAAUGGGUCACGUUGAUCAUGGGAAAACCACUAUUCUUGAUUACUUGAGAAAAUCGUCAAUUGUAUCUGGCGAGUUUGGGGGAAUCACUCAACAUAUUGGUGCAUUUUCAGUGGUUACGCCAAAGUCCCGUAAAAAGAUUACGUUUUUGGACACCCCAGGACACGCAGCAUUUUUGAAAAUGAGGGAAAGAGGAGCGAUAAUUACUGAUAUUGUGAUUCUUGUUGUUGCUGCUGAUGACUCAGUGAUGCCACAAACCAUCGAAGCCAUAAAGCACGCAAAAAAGGCAGGCGUGCCAAUGAUUGUUGCAUUGAAUAAGUGUGAUAAACCAGGUGUUAAUGUCGAUAAAGUACUUGGUGAUUUAGCAGCGCAAGAUAUUGAUAUUGAAGACUAUGGUGGAGAGACUCAAACGGUGCAAGUUUCUGGUAAAACUGGAUUGAACAUGGACAAGUUGGAAGAAGCUAUAAUCACGCUUAGUGAAUUGAAUGAUUUCAAAGCAGAGGAAAAAGGUGUGGCUGCCGAAGGCUGGGUUAUUGAGUCGGAAUUGGUGAAAGGUAUGGGAAACGUUGCAACUGUAUUGGUUCGUCGUGGAUCUUUGAAAAAUGGUGAUGUGAUUGUAGCUGGUGAAACAUUUUGCAAAAUCAGAGGCAUGAAGGAUGAAAAGGGUAAAAUUGUGAAAUUAGCUGGUCCUUCAACCCCGGUGCAAGUAUGGGGAUGGAAGGAAUUACCAGACAGCGGUGAUCAUAUCAUACAAGCCAAACUGGAGCAAAUUGCCAAGAAAGUGAUUGAUUUUCGUAUAGCUCGUGCCCAGCAGAUUCAAGCAUCAAGAGACAUUGAGGAUAUCAAUAUCAAACGAGCCGAGGAAAUCAAAGAAGCUGAACGGUUGGAAAAGAUUGCCGAGUUGAAAAAAGCUGGUUUAGACUCUAGCGAACUAGAACGGGAAGCACAAGAUACAAAAAUAACCAAAUGCAACUACAUCAUCAAGUCUGAUGUAUUCGGAUCAGCAGAGGCUAUCAAAGAGAGUAUUCAUGAGUUAGGUAAUGACGAAGUCCAAUCCUGUGUUAUUUCCCACUCUGCUGGUGCUCCAACUGACAGUGAUCUCGACAUGGCCAAAACUUUUAAUGCAACCAUCUUUUGCUUCAAUAUCAAACCACCAAAACAAAUUGUUCAAAGAGCUGAACGGGAAAAAAUCAACAUUGUAGAACACAAUAUCAUUUACCGAUUGAUUGAACAAGUCACUGAUGAGCUAAACUCGCACUUGAAGCCCCGAAUUGAGACAAAGAUUCUUGGUGAAGUUGACAUCAAGGACAUAUUCACCAUCACUCAAGGUAAAUCCAAAAUCAAAGUUGCUGGUUGUAAAGUUGCUACAGGAGUGAUUAAACGUUCAUCGGAUGUGAAAGUUUUGCGAGGCGAUAAAGAAGUGUUUAAAGGUACGUUAUCUUCUUUGAAGCAUGUUAAGGACGAUAUAAGUGAGGCCCGAAAGGGUAAUGAAUGUGGGCUAGGAUUCCACAACUGGACUGGAUUUGAAGCUGGCGAUAAAAUUUUAGUGUAUGAGGAGAUUGAACAUAAGAGAUACUUGUAA